AUGUUGAAGCGCCAGUUAAGGAACCUGCUGCUUGUGCUGUCCCUGCUGCAAGCUAUAACUCACAUACAGAUGACCAAAGAAGAGGUCACGUACGUCCCGACAGAGCAGAUGAACAAGGACGUGUCCGGAUUUUUCGGGUUCAAAUGUAACUUCUCAAGUAAAGGGGUUCACAACUUAGAGCCCAUGUUGACAGAGAAAAGAUCCCUCGUCUGUAGCAUCUAUUCCUACUUCAUUUAUGACAAAAUAAAGCUGACCAUCCCGAAGAAGCUCGCCGGAUCUAAAUUUAAAAUGUUACCAGAAAAAUGCUUCGAAACAGUGUACACAAGUUAUGAAAAAAGGACGGAGGAAAAAAUUGAAAACAUGGGCUUGGUUGAAUACGAAGUGGAAGAAAAUGAUUCCCACGCAGAAUACAUAGAGAAAAUCAUCACAAUAUCUCCUUUCAACACAAAGGAUGUGGAAUUUUUCUGCAUUUGCGACAACUCUGAAAAUGUGAUAUCAAAUGUGAAAGGAAGAGUCGCUCUGGUACAAGUCAACGUGUUAAAGUAUCCUCACAAAAUUACCUCCAUCAACUUAACAAAGGAUCCAUAUGCCUACUUGCCUAACCAGUUGACUAAAAACUCCUUCACAUCGAAUAAAUUGGAAUUAAAACUUGAAGAGGGGGAAUUGGUUGUCUUGGCCUGCGAAAAAGUGGACGAUAAGUGUUUCAAAAGGGGAAAAGAUGCUUCUGCCCUUUCUCUAUAUAAGAGCAACAAAAUUGUCUACCACAAAAAGCUUGCCAUCUUUAAAGCACCCGUGUAUGUAAAAUCUGAGGAUAUCAGCGCAGAGUGUUCCUGCGAAUUCGAAGACACCGCCUAUACUGUGUCGUUAAAACCUCAGUAUAAUAAAAAACUCAUUUAUGGUUGCAAUUUUUCUUCGGAUAAGUCUAGUUACGAAUUUACAAACAAUGUCGACAUGGCUGAACUAGGGGAAAAUGCACAAAUCACCUGCAACAUAGAACUUGUGGAUACUUCAUAUAAUCACCUGAUAGGAAUGAGUUGUCCUGGACAAAUUACACCAGAGUGCUUUUUUCAAGUGUAUCAACCAGAGUCCCCUGAAUUAGAGCCUUCCAAAAAGGUCUAUCUAGAUGCUCAACUAAACAUCGGGAAUGUAGAAUAUUUUCAGGAAAGCAAGGGAGACAAUACGAUUAAGAUUUUUGGCCUCGUCGGAAGUAUCCCCAAGACGACUUCCUUCACUUGCAUUUGCCGAAAGGAUAAUAAAAUUGGCUACAUGACUGUUAAAAUUGCCGGCGGUUACUUUGGCUUCCUGGCCAAGAUCUUUAUCCUCCUGAUUGUCCUGCUGCUGCUGUACUUCUGA